AUGUCGCUUGAAUCCAUUCGUUUAUGGUUUCGUUUAUUUAUUGUAAAUGAUCUUGCUACUAUAAUUUUUUUAUUUUUAUGGUUAGUAAUAAAUAUUUCUCUAUUUAUUGGACAAUUAUUAAAUUAUCAUCAUUCACGAUCAUAUUUUUAUUUACGUUCAUUAAUAUCUGAUGGUUUAAGUGUUGCAAGAGCAGCAGCAUUAUGUUUAAAUUUUAAUUGUCUUUUAAUUCUUUUACCUGUUUGUCGAAAUUUACUUUCAUUAAUACGAUAUAUUUUACCACAAUGUAUAACACAAUCACGUUUUCGUCGUUUUACAAAACGUCUUUUUGAUCAACAUAUUGGUUUUCAUCGUUGUGUUGGUUAUGCAAUUUGUUUUUGGUCAAUAUUACAUGUUGGAGCACAUGUUUAUAAUUAUGAACGUUUAAUUGAUGUUCAUAAUGAAUAUCAAACAUUUCCAUCAGUACUUAAUUUACUUUAUAUUCAAUCAUCUGAAUCUCAAGUAAAUCCAUUUGAUAGAGUUAAUUCGAAUUCAUUAAAUGUAGGAUCAAUGUUAAGUACAACAGCAGGAAUUACAGGAGUUAUAUUAUGUAUUUGCUUAAUGAUUAUAUUUAGUUCAUCAACAUCACUUAUUCGUCGAUCAUUUUAUGAAAUAUUUUGGUUUGCUCAUCAUCUUUUUAUUAUAUUUUUUAUUUGUUUAAUUCUUCAUGGUUUUCAAGGUAUAGUUAAAUCUCAAAUAAAUCUAAAUGAACAUAAUCCCGAAAUAUGUGCAUCAUUUUAUCGUGAAUGGGGUAUUAAUCAACAAUGUCUUAUUUAUCCUCGUUUUACUGGUUCACCAGCAACAAGUUGGAUGUGGUUAUGUGCUCCACUUAGUCUUUAUAUUCUUGAACGUCUUCUUCGUUUUAUACGUAGUUUACAACGUGUUGAAAUACUUGAUAUUAUUCGACAUGAAUCAAAUGUUAUUGAAAUACGUUUUCGUAAAAAAUUUAUGAAUACACCACAACCUGGUCAAUAUAUUUAUUUAAAAUGUUUUUCUAUUUCAAUAUUUGAAUGGCAUCCAUUUACAGUUACAUCAGCUGCUGAAGAAAAUUAUGUUAGUGUUCAUAUAAGAACAGUAGGAAAUUGGACAAAUAAUUUAUCAGAAAAAUUUCAAAUGUAUCCACAAGAUAUACCAAGACUUGCAGUUGAUGGACCAUACGGAAGUGCAGCUGAUGAUACUUUUAAUUAUGAUGGUGUUAUACUUAUUGGUGCUGGAAUUGGAGGUAAGAAAAAGNACUAA